ACCGGCAUCCACAACACUAGUCAAAAACGUCACUUUUUUCAAAUGUUUUGUUUGUUUCAAUAUUUAUUAAAAUAAUAUGCUUUUUUUUCUUUAUAAACUAAGUUUACAAAUUUAGUUUAGGAAUUUUCAAAAUUAAAAGUAUAGAUAGAAGUGAAUUAUUCGAUUUUGUUUUAUUUUACUGUUUCAAAUAUGGACAAAAUUGCAACGUUGGUGCUAACUCUCGCCUAUUUACAAUUUGCUCUUAGUUUCGAAUCGAGACAUGUAGUGUUCGUUAUAGUAAGUCAGCCAGAGCCGUACCACGCGAGCGUCGCCGCACGGCUCAAACAAGACAUUCAAAACCAAGUAUUGGAAAUAGAUAAGAGUGAAGCAAAAGUGCAUAUAACCCACGAAGAAUUCCCAGUGCCAGGCGGCUGGACCAUAAUACCCCUGUUACGGCCACUAAUAAACAAGUACAAGAAUACUGACGUGCGAUGGGCCUUAUUUAUCGAGCCACACACGGCGGUCAGGUGUCGCAAUUUGUUCAAGGCUCUGGAUGCAGCUGACAAACAGGAGGAUGUAAUGUGGAUUGGUUACCCGUUGAGUGAUGAAGAACCGACUAUAAUUCAUCACUUCGCGUUCUACGAGGAUCUAGAGGAGGAAGGCGGAUUUGUGUACCCGAAUUUCGCAAGUGGUUUCGCUAUGAGAAUGCAGCUUGUUUAUUCAUUCCUUAAGCAAAUAGAAGGCGGCGAACGUAAGCUGGAAGCUGACUUCUCAAUAGACCCGGCGUUCGAGCUCGCAAAAUUGGUGUACGGCGGUGCACACAAUCCUGGCCCACUGCUCACUCCCGAUCUCAGCUUCUGUGUAGUGUCCGGGGACAAUUGUGCCACGUAUCCACGCCAGUUCGAUAUAUGUGGUAGUGCCAUACCUGAGGAGUCGAUAUACUUCGCCGUGAAGACCUGGAGCGGAUUUCACUCUACCAGGGCGAAGGUGGUGAAGAAAACUUGGGGCAAACAUGUCAGUAACCUGCUGUUCUACAGCGACAAACCAGAUCCAUCUCUCCCCGCCAUAGAGACUGGCGUGCCGAACUCCAAAACUGGCCAUUGUUUGAAAACCAUUGCCAUACUGAAGCACGUGGUGAACACAGUUCGGAAUAUGCCACACGUCAAAUGGAUAUUUCUGGCCGACGAUGACACUAUACUGGGGGUCCAUAGAUUGUGCGAGGUGCUCAGUUGUUACCGGGGCGGUAGUGACGUCACAAUACUCGGGGAGCGGUACGGUUAUGGUUAUGGGAAAAAGGAAACUGCCGCUAAAGGCUACGACUACAUCACGGGUGGCGGCGGGACGGCGUUCAGCGUCCGCGCGGCGCAGCUGGUGUCGCGGUGCGCGUGCGGCGCCGGCGCGCCCGACGACAUGGCGCUCGGCGCCUGCGCCGCGCACCGCCUCAACAUCACGCUCACACACUCGCCGCUCUUCCACCAGGCUCGUCCCCAAGACUAUUCCCGCGAGGUGCUAGCCCGAGACCGCCCCGUCUCCUUCCACCGUCACUCGUCUCCAGAACCUCACAGGGUGUACGCAACCUGGUUCCAGCACGACGACAUGGCGCUCAAACGGAGACGAACGAAAGACGAGCUUUAGUUGACGGUAUAGAGAUGAAUUUCCAUUGUCACAAAAUAUAUGUGCCACAUUUGCUUACUGUUAUAAUCACAUUGUAACUAGAUGUCUAAGCAUAGGGGAUAUUUAAGGGGAAUUGUUAAGAGGAGUCUUAAUAGAAGGUAAGCCCAUAUUUUUUUAGAGUUUUUCUGUCUGUAUGUUUGUUCCAACGUACUCAGAAACUCCUAAAUUGGAUGCUAUUUGAACAGUAAUGUUCCUGAAGGCCUAAUUUAAAAUCUGGUACUUGUUUUAUCUUAAAACGUCAUCUAUAAGUGGUCUAUUUUAUUUGGUUUCCUUCUGAAAUUCAUACAUACGAAGUAACGGGCGAAAGCUAGUUAGAUAUAAGGAACCAGUGUUACCAUGUUCGUUCACGCUGAUCUCCUAAACGGCUCGAACGGCUUUAAUGAGGUUUUGUAAAAGCAUGUUUACUCCAUUUUUGACUUGACGGAUGUUGUUCACCCCUUGAGGAAGGUGGAGGAUCGUUGGGAAGAUUCCCAUUACUAGAUCUCUUGUGUGCAACCGUGAUGAAGAUGCCAGGCUCAUACAAUUGAACCGCUGAUUUCUUUUUUAUGGAUGGUAUUGGAAUGGUAACCUUGCCUGCGUUGAUGGUAUACGCUUGUGGGGCACUAGUGACAGAUAGGUGAGAAUGAAAAGGCACAUUAGUUAGCCUAUCAUGAUGAAUACACCUGGAAUUUAGCACGAUAGUUUCCAGGGGGGACCACGUGGAGGCCGAUCUGACAAGGUAUAUUGCUAGUAAUGGGACUGGUAGUUUACAAUACUAACAAUCCCUUCCCCCAAACCGUUGAUCUGACUCUUGUAUUAUAACAAUUGGAGAAAGAUGAAGUGAAAGGUCUCUCGAGGCUACUAUCUCCAACUUAAGGGGGGGGGGGGGAGGGAGGGAUUGUUGGCAAUGAAAUUUGACAGCCCCAUUGCCAGCAAUAUGCCCUAAUAGCUCGACCUCCACGUGGUUCCCCCUGGAAACUAUCGUGAACAAUUCUUGUUGAAUUCGUCACGAUGGGCUAACUGACUUGCUUCAUCCUCACCUAUCAUCCUUCACUGGUGCCCCGCCGGUCUAUUCCGAUAGCGCGGGUGGGGAUACCAUUCCAUUAUCACCCAUUAAAAAAAAAACUUGAGUAGGACAGUUUUGAUUCCGUUAACAAAUAAUGAAUCCUGUAGAUGGCGGUAGGAGGCGGCACCCAUAUUAGCAUGACAUAUUAAAAAUAGAUCGAUAGAAUUCAAUACGAGUACUUUGUGAAUAUGGCAAUGCUCCCAGAAUGUAAUCUCCUUCCCUUCAGACCCCUAAAAAGCGGCUAGGGUUGUCACAAAUUACGAAUUCAUGUACAUGGAAAGGAGAAUGAUAGACAUAGAUUUAGUGAUAAAAUUAUUUUUAUUUUUUAACUCUAUUUGAUAAAACUGUUAUUAAAAACUGUUGCUGACUGUUUAUUUAGCUAUUUUUUUUUAUAUAAAUUUUAUUCGUGUACUAAAAAUUAUAUAAUAUUUCAUUUUAUAUAAAAUUGUCUUAUAGCUGUUAGCUUGUUUAUUAUAGUUUUUAUAUUCAUGUUAAAAUGUCAACUAGAUGUUUAGGUUAAUAGUGUAUUAAACCGUAUUAUAAGGUUCCGUAGUUUUUUUACAGCAUGAGGGAGGGGGGGGGGGGAGUCGUGUUUUGGAUAUUUUGCCUAUCGGCCUAUCAAAGAAGAGUUUGUAAAAAUUUUUGUAAAUCUACAUUUUUUUUGGAAAAAUUGUAAAAUUGAUAUUUUGUAAUGACAACAAUGACGAAGUUACAAUGGUCUUCAUCAUUUGUCUAUGGAAUGCUAAAAAUAUACAAAAAUCUUAUAACCAUUUGUGACAAUCUUUGAACAAUGCCCCAUCAGUGUACUCGUGACAAUGGCCGAUGAAACCUGCGGGUCUACCAUGAAAUGAAAUUCCGAAAUUUCGGACUCAAUUUCGUGUGUUUGUUUAUACCAAAUUCGGACCAAUAAAUGGAGUUUAACAUUUCGUUCGUCAUACAUCCUAUCGUAAAAGUCCAAAGGAACAAUAUUUUAACAUUUUUAAUAUUUCCCCAAACGGUAAGUAUUAUGUAAUUUUAACAUCAAAUUUGUUUCGUUUGGCUCCGAAAUUUCGGAAAACACUUCAUGGUAGGCCCCACUGGUCGAAACGUCGAGGUAAUUCAGGUAAAUUGACAUAGUUUACCUAAAUGAUUUCGUAAUUCUUAUCUCUUAUAAAGUGUUAAGUAUAAUAUCAAAUAAUGAUCUUGCGCAACGAGCAGUUCGACGUUAUAGAAAUAAAGUGGCUUAGAUUAUAUAGAUAGAGUGUCGAGUGUCAAAAACAGGACAAGUUUUUAUCAGCUAAUUGUCAAAUUAGCUUACUCGUUUUGUUUAUCAGUGUUCUACAUUUACUCAUAAAAUGUAUUUUGACGUAUUCUUUAAUAAAUAAAAUGAGUGUUUACGCAUUAAACAGAUGUAGAAAUUAUUAGACAAAAUAAAUAUAGAAGUUAUAAAGGAGUUUUACCAGAGGGAGACUUUUAAAGUAGUUUGCUUGGUCACCUCUGUCCUAUUCGUGUUUCAACCGUGAAGCAGUUGUGUUUGUAUGGCUGUGUUUCGGUUUGAAGGGUGGGAUAUGGCAGUAAAUUUACAGGGUACAGAGGAAUAACACUCGAGUCCUCAGGAAUGGCAACGCAUGUGGGGUAUCAUUGGCGAAACAGUAUACUCUGUUAUGUCCAUGGUACUGCUCAUGUCUAUAGGCGACGGUUACCAUUUUCCAUCAGAGAUGGGCCGUCUAGUUUGGCAUUCUAAGUUGAAUAAAGUCACUCAUAACUAUUUAUCACACAAAAUUGUAUGAAAAAGUUGUCCCGUUUUUCUCGAAACAUUUGUAUGGUGACACACUACCUAUAUAAUAUAAGUAUAUCGGUUAUAUGCAUUUAAAAUAAGUUUAUGUAGUCGUUGUGUUCAGUAUUGUUGCAUUGUAAGUACUUGUGUAAACAUAUCAGUUCUUGACUUUAAUAAAUUUAAUAUUUUUCUAA